UCGCGGGGCUGGCUGUCUUGCUGUGCACGUUGGGGAGCCGGUACAUGCAGGUUGGAAGCUCUACACGCAGAGGUGCGCUGCCUCCAUGAUAGGACUUUACCUGGUACAUCGGCAUGGCGGGAACAAAGAAGGAGGGUAGCGGGCGAGGGACACAAACGCUCAGAGGCCGCCCAAGGCCACCUCAGACAGUAGCCGCCUUCUUCCUGACCCUGCUGCUGGAGUCCCGGAAAAAUGAAGUCUGUGAGCCUUUAUUGGCCGGGGCGUUCUGACGUCACCAAGUCGACCUUUGAAGUAGCCAAUCGGUAGUAAGAAGGCCUGGGCACACCUUCGCCACCCCUCCCGGAAGGGGCGGGGCUAUGUGUCAAAAGCAGCCAAUGGGUGCCCCAGGAGAUGAGUGUCCACAAGAACAGCGGCGCGAACUCUCCCGCAGUUCCUGAGGCUGGAGGAGUCCUAAGUCCAUGGAGCAAACCGAGGUUGCGAGAACUUGCUAAGGCCAUCAGGCCUAUUGAUGGGAAGUCAGUCCAUCAAAUUUGUUCUGGGCAGGUGGUACUCAGUUUAAGCACUGCUGUGAAGGAGCUGAUAGAAAAUAGUGUGGACGCUGGUGCUACCAGUAUUGAUAUAAGGCUUAAAGACUAUGGGGUGGACCUCAUUGAAGUUUCAGACAAUGGAUGUGGGGUAGAAGAAGAAAACUUUGAAGGUCUAGCUCUGAAACAUCACACUUCUAAGAUACAAGAGUUUGCCGACCUGACUCAGGUUGAAACUUUUGGCUUUCGAGGGGAAGCUCUGAGCUCACUGUGUGCACUGAGUGAUGUCACUAUAUCUACCUGCCACGUGUCUGCAAGCAUUGGGACUCGACUGGUGUUAGACCACAAUGGGAAAAUCACCCAGAAAACUCCCUACCCCCGACCCAAAGGAACAACAGUCAGCGUGCAGCACUUGUUUUAUACACUACCUGUGCGUCACAAAGAAUUUCAAAGGAAUAUUAAAAAGGAGUAUGCCAAAAUGGUCCAGGUCUUACAGGCAUACUGUGUCAUUUCAACAGGCAUCCGUGUAAGUUGCACUAAUCAGCUUGGACAAGGAAAACGACAGCCUGUGGUGUGCACAAGCGGAAGCUCCAGCAUGAAGGAAAAUAUCGGCUCUGUGUUUGGCCAGAAGCAGUUGCAAAGCCUCAUUCCUUUUGUUCAGCUGCCCCCUAGUGACUCUGUUUGUGAAGAGUAUGGCCUGAGCAGUUCUAAGACUCCACAUAAUCUUUUCCACAUUUCAGGCUUCAUUUCACACUGUACGCAUGGUACUGGAAGGAGCUCCACAGACAGACAGUUUUUCUUCAUCAAUCAGCGUCCUUGUGACCCAGCAAAGGUCUCUAAACUUGUAAAUGAGGUUUAUCACGUGUAUAAUCGACAUCAGUAUCCAUAUGUUGUUCUUAACAUUUCCGUUGAUUCAGAAUGCGUUGAUAUUAAUGUGACUCCAGAUAAAAGGCAAAUUUUACUACAGGAGGAGAAGCUUUUGCUGGCAAUUUUAAAGACCUCCUUGAUAGGCAUGUUCGACAGCGAUGCAAACAAGCUUAAUGUCAACCAGCAGCCACUGCUGGACAUUGAAGGUAACUUCAUAAAGAUGCACACAGAAGAAACAGAAAAGCCUGUGUCAGGAAAGCAAGAUAAUUCUCCUUCAUUGAAGAUCACAGCAGAUGAGAAAAGGGUAGCAUCCAUUUCCAGGCUGAGAGAAGCCUUUUCUCUUCAUCCUACCACAGAGACCAAGUCUUGGGGCCCAGUGACCCCUGAACUGAGACAGAAUUAUCCACUUCAGAAAAAAGGUGUACCAUCUUCUUGUCCUUCGAAUCUCAUCUCUUAUAGAGGUCUGUGUGGCUCCCAGGACAAAGUGGUGAGUCCCAAGGAGAGCCGUGGUGACUGUAUGGACACAGUGAAAAUAGAAAAAGACUCAGGGCUCAGCAGCACCUCAGCCAGCUCUGAGGAAGGGCUCAGCACCCCAGAAGUGGCCAGUAGCUUUAGCAGUGACUUUACAGUGAGCUGUCCAGAAGACAGAUCUUCACAGGAAUCCAUGGACUGUGGUGAGCAGUUACAUGAAAUGGACUGCCAUCUUUCAAGUACAGGACACCAUUUGAAGCAAGAAGAUAGCAAAUAUAAAUGUACAGCUUUGCCUCCACCAACUCCUCACUCUUCCUCAAACGCUAAGCGUGUCAAGACGGAAGAAAGGCCUUCAGAUACUGACAUUCCUCCAAGGUUGCUUGAUACUCAGAACACCUCAGCAGCUCAGGUUGAUGUAGCUGUGAAAAUUAAUAAGAAAAUAGUGCUCCUGGACUUUUCUAUGAGUUCUUUAGCUAAACGGGUGAAGCAGUUACAGCACCAGAAGCAGCAGAAUGAAAGUGAGCAGAGUUACAGGAAAUUUAGGGCCAAGAUUUGCCCUGGAGAAAAUCAAGCAGCAGAAGAUGAACUCAGAAAAGAGAUUAGUAAAUCAAUGUUUGCAGAGAUGGAGAUCUUGGGUCAAUUUAACCUGGGAUUUAUAAUAACCAAACUGAAGGAGGACCUCUUCCUGGUGGACCAGCAUGCUGCGGAUGAGAAGUACAACUUUGAGAUGCUGCAGCAGCACACUGUGCUCCAGGUGCAGAGGCUUAUCACGCCCCAGACUCUGAACUUAACUGCUGUCAAUGAAGCUGUGCUGAUAGAAAAUCUGGAAAUAUUCAGAAAGAAUGGCUUUGAUUUUGUCAUUGAUGAGGAUGCUCCAGUCACUGAAAGGGCUAAAUUGAUUUCCUUGCCAACUAGUAAAAACUGGACCUUUGGACCCCAAGAUAUAGAUGAACUGAUCUUUAUGCUAAGUGACAGCCCUGGGGUCAUGUGCCGGCCCUCAAGAGUCAGGCAGAUGUUUGCUUCUCGAGCCUGUCGGAAGUCUGUGAUGAUUGGAACUGCUCUCAAUACAAAGGAGAUGAAGAAGCUCAUCACCCACAUGGGUGAGAUGGACCACCCCUGGAACUGUCCCCAUGGAAGGCCAACCAUGAGGCACAUUGCAAAUCUGGAUGUCAUUUCUCAGAAGUGAUACUGCUUGUAGGACAGAGUUUAUUACAGAUGAUUUGGUUUUGGAAAGACGGGGUUUUAAGUAACCUGUUAUCAUUGUUCAGAAAUUGACGUGCUAUUGUAAUGUAUCAGACCCACUUAAAGACAGUGUUAAGCCAGGCAUUAGUGGCAUGCAUGUGCCGCCAGCCCAGCUACUUGGGAGGCCCAAGUGGGAGGCUCACAUGAGGCCAGGAGUUUGAGACCACCCUGAGCUACAUUAAUGAGACUCCAUUCCAGAAAGGAAAAAGAAUUUUGUAAGCCCUUUCACCAUGUCUGCAGUUAUUGUUCUGCAAUUUGAAUGUGCAUGUGGUAUGCAUAUGUGUGGUGUGUGUGUGUGUGUGUGUGUGUGUGUGUGUGUGUG